AAAAGAAAAGAACUAAACACUAAACAGGCCUGGCCUUAUAGAUCCGGCCAAUUUACCCUAGUUGCUCGCCUAUUAAAAGUGUUUUCCCCUCCACCGCAAAGCCUUCUACCUUCUGCCUUCUGCAAUGGCUCCGAAGAAGGGUGUGAAGCUCCCAGUUGCUGCUUCCAAGAAGAAGCCGGAGAAGGUGGUGAACCCGUUGUUCGAGAAGCGGCCGAAGCAAUUCGGCAUCGGCGGGGCAUUGCCACCCAAGAAGGAUCUGACGAGGUUCGUGAAAUGGCCUCAGGUUGUCCGUAUCCAGAGGAAGAGACGGAUCCUCAAGCAGCGCUUGAAGGUUCCACCUACCCUAAAUCAGUUCUCCAAAACCCUUGAUAAGAACCUUGCCACAAAUCUCUUCAAGAUGCUCCUCAAGUAUAGGCCUGAGGACAAGGCAGCAAAGAAGGAGCGACUUCUGAAAAGAGCCCAGGCUGAGAGUGAAGGGAAAACUCCCGAAAUCAAGAAGCCUAUUGUUGUCAAGUAUGGGCUCAAGCACGUCACUUAUCUUGUGGAGCAGAACAAAGCACAACUGGUGGUCAUUGCUCAUGAUGUUGACCCCAUAGAAUUGGUGGUUUGGCUUCCAGCUUUGUGUAGGAAGAUGGAAAUCCCUUACUGCAUUGUCAAGGGGAAAGCAAGAUUGGGUUCUAUUGUCCACAAGAAGACAGCAUCAGUUUUGUGCCUGACUUCAGUCAAGAAUGAGGACAAAUUGGAGUUCUCCAAGAUCUUGGAGGCCAUCAAGGCCAACUUCAAUGACAAAUAUGAUGAAAACCGCAAGAAAUGGGGUGGUGGUAUCAUGGGCUCGAAAUCUCAAGCGAGGACAAAGGCCAAAGAAAGGGUUCUUGCGAAGGAGGCUGCUCAGAGGAUGUCUUAGUUUGUAUUGUCAUUUAAUCAUUACAGUAUUUCCUGUUACAAGGUUUAGACAAAUUUCAAACAUAUUUGAAGUAUAUUAAAUUUUGGUUGUCUUAUGAAUUUUGAUGGCUUUGUUUCGCCUUUGGAUUUUUGAGUUGUUAUGUACUAGUACUUAGCAAUGAAAUGCCUUAAGGUUUCUAAA